AUGAGGGGAGCAUUUAAAUUAAAUUCAGCAAUACUGAAACGAGGGAUCAUCAUAAAUAAUAUCGUGCCCUUUAAUUCAACCACAUCACGUCUGCCAUUGCCACCGUCGACCACCAUCAACCACCGAAUACAUUCGUUGCCAUGCAACGCGAUCAACCCGACUACCAGAAGGCUAGACUCCAUAAAUCGACGUGAUUUUACUUCUUCUAGAUCUGCACUCACCGCUACCACCGCUUUAAACCCUGUCGGUGCUGGAACAUCAGCAGUAGACCAUCCCUUGUCACCGAAACUCACGUUUGAUGAACGCCAAGUCUUUUUAAACUUGAAUCUGCCUCAAGGAAGUGUCAACUUUGUUAUUACAAAGACAAAGCCUGUAUCGGACUUGUAUGCUAAUAUAGCUGAAGAGUAUCCACUUGCUAAGAGUAUUAGCAUUUUCAAGUUCCCAUCAGAAGCACAAUGGGCAAAAUCGACCCCAUCUGAAGACAUAUUAUCACAAGCUUUGCUAGAUCGAGGCCUGAUCUUGCAAAUCAACAACGAACGUAUCAAAGUCAAUGUCCCAACAGCUGAGCAAAGAACCGCUCAUCUAAAGACAGAUCUCUUAACGUUGGAAAAGGAAUUGACGGUAUUGGAAACUCGCAGGUCUGACCUUGACAGACUUGCUGAACGCACUUCGCAGGUGUUUGUGUGGUUGUUCCUUGCAGGAAUGUGUGCUCAGUGGGGAUUGAUGUUGAGGCUUACUUUUGUGGAAUACAGUUGGGAUAUCAUGGAACCAAUAACGUACUUCUUGAGCUACUUCUGGGUCAUAGCGUCGUACGCUUUCUGGAUGGUCUUCCGUCGAGACCAAACUAAUGACGCAAUGUCGAAUAUCGCAUUCACUAGACGUCAAAUGUCCCUAUACAAACGACAUGCCUUCGAUGUCGCUCAUCUUGAGUCAAUCCGUAACAAACGUGACAAGAUAAAACAACGAAUCGAGGCUAUUGAACGGGAAUACACCAGAGAAUAG